CACUCAUAUUCCUUCAACUUCACCUGGAGCUUCCUAACUAGUCGACACACCCUUCAUUUGUACUUCAACAUAAGCAGCGUUAUGGGUAGUCCGUACCACACCUCCCGAUGCGCCCCCUACCUCUCUCGCGAUGAGGCUUCUCUUGAGGUCCAAGCGAUUUCUCUAAUCGCGGAAUCACUUGCCCAUCCCCAUAGAGCUCUCCUCAGCGCCUUUAUACAGCAGGCCGUCGAUAGAGAACUUGCGGCUCGUUUCUUCCUCGAUGAUACUGUCGGGUCCGACAAAGCCACGGUCGCUGACUUCCUAGCUGAUUGGAUCAGUCUCCCACGGAGGAUACGUCCGAUCGUCUGCGAAGAGUUGGAGCCGUCACUCAGACGGAGCAUAUGGCGGAGAGAUGGAGGCAGAUGCUGUAUCUCGAAGGCCGAUGGCAGAUGGAAGUACGAUAAGAAUCUAUUACCUAUAUAUGUAGUAUCUCCUACCCUCUUUCAAGAUGGAGACAUGGUCCGAGAUGGAAGACUCUGCAACAUGCUCGCCAUGUUCAUUGGACGAUCGAAGCUGGAAUGUCUGAGGUCGCUCUUGAGUCAAGAUUCCGACAUGUCUGGCUGUGAUUCUUCCGAUCAACUGGUGCUGCUGUCGUCGCAAAUGUUUGCACAUUUUGCAAAUGGAAGGCUUUCCCUAAAAGUUGAUCCGCUGGGAGCUCAGAGCAACUCGGUCCGGUACUUCGUGAAAACAAACUCUUUCAUGCCGUCUAUACGAGUCGAUGUUCUCCCGUUCAUAAGACUAGAGAACAGAGCCACGGAUACCUCGUCCCUCCCCAAUCCGCAACUCAUCGAAGUACACCAUCAGUUUGCACUAGCUUUAGCAUGGCUGGAGGUAUUUGAAUACAUGAGGCAAAGACCCAGCUCUCCAUGCAGCUCAACGGCGCAAGACCGGGCCAGCUUACCUAGGAAGGUUCUAGUGAAGGAAAGUUGGAUCCGGCGGUGCACCCAACUUGUAUCUCCGAUACUCCAACACCUGUGGUUGCAAACGCCCGUCUCUCUUCGAGCAAUUGCCUACAACUGCCUAGCAUCACUUGGACAGCAGUUCUAUGGAGACACUGGUUCCGACCGGAUUCACCGAUUGCCCUUCAAUCUCUACCUGCGAAAAGCACAUCAAGACUGGGCACCAAGGCACCAAGCAGAGCUUCGAUCACUCCAGAUCGUUCAGGCAUACACGCGUAUUCCUGCACCAAAAGGGAUAGAUACAAUUCAGUAUCGUGAAUCAUCGUACCUCCUCAUGACCGGUCUCCAUGGACAUGGUAUAGGACAAAGGCUGUCUACCAUGACUGACGGACAACUGGACGCAGCUGCACAAGAUCUCAAGGACUAUCUCACCGAAUUGCGGCGUAUUCCUAACAAUACCGGUUCACGAUUCAGCAUUUGCAAUUCAUUGGGUGGUGGCAUCCUGGAUUGGCGAAUCGGUGACUCUCAACGCAAGCAAUUGCGAUUCCACGACGAGACCGAAUUCAAUCAAUUCUUGACGACCGAUCUUCCACUUGACGAAGAUGCAUGGAUACAAAUUUCGAAGUCGCACGGCGUGAAGCACGACAUCGUCUUCACCCACGCAGAUCUCAAUCUCAGGAAUAUCCUUGUCGAUGAGAUGGGGAGAAUCUCGGGCAUAGUGGAUUGGGAGUGUGCAGGAUGGUAUCCUGAAUACUGGGAAUACUCCAAGAUGCAUUUUACUGUUCGACAUACUCCUCGGUGGAUUACAGAUGUUGUCGAUCAGAUCUUUCCGGCUUACCGUGACGAGUUGAAUGUGGAGAACAUGCUCUCCGGCAUGAUGCCGUCGUGGUAAUCAGGCAAGUACCUUAAAUAGUUAUUCGUUGAUGCGCAGAAAGCUAUAGUUUGGAGAGGUGCAGGGUCAUGUCACAAUCGUGUCGUCGGUGUCGUUAAAGUAAGUAGACUAUUAAAAAUACGCUAUAUUAAUAUAGGCUAUAACUUACGUAUAUAUAAGUAAGACAAAGUAGAAGCUUCUACAUAAAAAAGCUUACUAUAAAUAUUGAAUUCUAUUCUAG